UGAAUUCAUCAAAUUUAUUUCAUUUCAUGUAAACUUUUAAUGAAUUUAUUUAUUUUUGUUAUUUAGUUAUGAAAAAAUCUGCAAAAUAUCUGUGAAGACUAUGUUACUGCUUGAUAUGCCAUGUCACCUACAGCUACUACUGUAGGCCAAUGUGUUUUUUAUUUUUAUUGUUUGUUACACUUGCGAUUGGGCUUCCAACCGGUGGCAAGGAGUCCCUCUCCCCCCUACUCACUCGCACAAUUUCUGAAGCCUGUGUCUGUGUUUGUGUUAAGUGUCAAUAGUAAUGUAAGUUAUUUGUAAUACACAUGUUUUAAAUUUAAAAACUCCACAAAAUACAUUCCUGUAUCCGCCACUUGUUUCCUAUUAUAAUUUAACUUACCUUGCAAUUAAUUUGGUAACAUUUAAAUUUUUGAUAUGUAGACAUGGCUGACAUGUAUUUAGGAAAUGUUUUGUUUUAUUGUGUAUAAACCCACAAAUUUAAUGGUGCAUUUCACAUUUGUCAUUGUAUGAAAUUUUGUGAUAUUGACAAUUUAUUGGAAUAUUUCAGUGAAUUUGUGGAAUGCCACAAAUUUCCAGAGGAAAGUUAACACGUGAAUAAUCAAUGUUAAGGAUUUAUACUCCCUCCGGAAAAGUUCCGGUGGAGGCGACGGCCUUCCUCGGCGCCGUCGCGGCCUUCGUGGUUUUGCUGCUGGUGUUCUCGCUCUACCUGAACAAGAAGUGGUGCUUCUACGGCUUCGGCGGCUUCCCCUGCUGCGAUGAGUCGUUCGGCGCCGGCAGCUCCCGCUCCAAGGACCUCGACAAGGCGUACUCGUACGGCGUGCCCGAGUCGAGCUCCGACAGCGAGGAGGACGUGCUGCGGCGACUGCAGCAGUCGGCCAGCUUCGCUUCCACCAAGCUGCAGCUGUGCGAGCCCGUGGCGGGGCCCUCGACGGCCGAGCCGACCUUCCCGCACCACUCGCACCACCAGCACCAUCAGCACCAUCAGCUGCGCGCCGUCGUGCAGGCGCCGUCCAAGGGCGCGGACCAGAUCUCGCUGGCGGAGAAGGGCAAGGCGGGCGGCAGCAGCCCUUCCUCCGGCUCGUCCACGACCAGCGGCGCAGAGGACGACCCCCGGCAGCAGAGGGACCGCGCGCUGCGCCACCGCGACGCCAAGGGCUCCGCCUCCGCCGCCGCCCCCCGCAAGGCGGCGCAGUGCUGCGUCGACGCCGUGGACGAGGCCCUCGUCGCGGCGUCCCCGCCCCCGGAGCCGCCCCCGGCCGCCGCCGCCAGCAACAACCAGGACUGCGUCGUGACGCUGCCGCAGGAGCAGCUGUUCGACGUGACGGACCUGCAGAGCGAGUUCGGCGACCAGGAGAGCCACCUGGUGUCCCGGUGCGGACACCUCGAGGUGGCCUUCGCCUACGACGCGCCCAUCCGGAAGAUGACUGUCAGGGUGCUGCAGGCCAGGGACAUCCCGGCCAAGGACCGGGGCGGCGCGUCGAACACGCAGGUUCGUUUGCUGAUGCUGCCCAGCAAGAAGCAGAAGCACAAGACCAAGAUCAGACAUGGCGACAACCCUCAGUUCAUGGAGAGCUUUCUGCUGCACAGGGUGAACCCAGAGGACGUGAACAGCAUGGGGGUGAGGUUCCGGCUGUACGGCUGCGAGCGCAUGCGGCGGGAGAGGAUGAUCGGGGAGUGCGUGGUCAGCUUCAGCUGCAUCAACCUGGAGCUGGAGACGACCAUGUGGCUGGCGCUGGAGCCUCGCGCCAACCUCACGCUGAACACGUCGGCGUCGGACCUGCUGAGCCUGGCUCGCAGCGACAGCACGGGCUCCACGCACAGCAUGCAGCACGGCGGCGUGCCGGAGCUGCUGCUGGGGCUGGCCUACAACGGCACGACGGGCCGCCUCUCAGUCGAGGUCGUCAAGGGCAGCCACUUCCGGAACCUUGCGAUGACGCGGCCGCCAGACACCUACGUGAAGCUCUGCAUGGUUAGCAGCAGUGGGCAGGAGAUGGCGCGCAGCAAGACUUCAAUCAGACGCGGCCAGCCGAAUCCGCUCUUCAAGGAGACUUUCAUGUUUCAGGUUGCCCUGUUCCAGCUGCCUGACGUGACGCUGAUGGUGUCGGUGUACAACAAGCGCAGCAUGAAGCGCAAGGAGAUGAUCGGCUGGUUCUCGCUCGGCCUGAGCAGCUCCGGCGAGGAGGAGCUGGCCCACUGGAACGACAUGCGCGACGUGUGCGGCGACCAGAUCUGCCGCUGGCACGUUCUGGUCGAGUCGUAAGGCACGCCUUCGCUCGCUCUCUCUCUCUUCCUUUGCACGGACCCGCCUCCCCCCACCACGCGUGGGCCGCGGCGCGGGGAAACGAUUGGUUGACGCCCGCCGGGGGCCGCUUUGAGGGCGCGUCCCCCUGCCAGGUAACUCGUUUGUCGUCCGGGCUCACACGUCACGUCGGUUACUGCCUCGCCACUCCUCGAGGGUUGUUCCGUGUCGUCCAAGUCUCGAUCGCUCGCUUGCGUUUCACGUCGUGUGAACGAGGUUCGGUAUGUAGCUGGUGACAUGAUUUUCAGACCAAAAAAAUGCAAGAGAGCUUAAAACCUUCAGAUAAUAAUAAUGAAAAAAAUAACAUGACCAACGUGGCGUUUGAGACCGAACUUUAAGAAGUGUUUUUACACUUUACAUUUUACCAUCUUUAAAAGUGUCAUACUGCAAGAUUCAAGCUUAAGAGUUUUCUUAAUUUUUACAUCAAUGUUUUUUUUUUUUGGCAUUCACAUCCAUUUUAUAUUUAUUUAACUCCCUAAGUAUUUUUAAAUUUUAUUGCAUUAUAAGUGGAUCCAUAAAUUAAGUUUUUUUGCUAAAAAAAAUUUUGUUCCAUUGAUUUAUUGUUCUUUUAAUGCUUUCCAUCUUAUAUUUUUGGCCAAUAUUCAGUUAUUGAACCAAAUAAGAGUAGAGAAUCUUGCAUGUUAUGUUUUGACAUGAACAAGAAUGAAAAAAUUCAGUUUCAACUAUGACAUGCUUGUCAGCUUUCAUGCAAUGCUCACUCCAGCAAAUUAAUAUUGUGAGAGUUGUAUUGCUGAUUGCUUUAGCGUGUUAUGAAUUUACCGGUGUACACUGAGUUUCAUCACAACUUCAUUUGAGAUUUCACAUUAAAAUUUUUGGCAUAAAAGACACACAUUCCUUGGUUUAUUUUUCAGAAAUUGUCGUCUUCUGUACUGUUACGUGUAAAGUAUUUGCCACAUUAUAUCAUUUUUUUUAUAAUUUAUUUUUAUAGCUGACAAAUUUUAGUAAAUAUACAGAGCAGUUAACUUUGAUUUCAAAGUAAUCAAGUUAAAAUUAUGUACCCUUUUACAUUUUAUUACUUUUGAAUUAUUAAUAAUUUUGAAGAAAAAAAAAGUUUUAUAUAAUGUGCCUGUAUUGAUAAGUGUCCAAAUAUUAUCACUUUAACACACCUAAAAACUCUUUGAAUUGUUCUGCACUUUGUGCCAGAAAUUUAAUUUAAAAUCUCUGAUGCAAGUUAUGUCGAAAUAAAACCUUGAUAGAUUCAAGAUGGCCAGAGAUGUACCACCAUUGGAACACAUUGCACAGUUAGUGGGAUAUUGCUUGAUGAGCGAUGAAUUUUUUUCGUCUGCUCAAAAUGCUUUUCCAGUGUUCGGCUGUGCUUGAAUUAUAGUUGUCUCUUCCAGACACAUACAGAUGUCUUAUCGUUACAUUAAUGUGGACGUAAUCACAAGCAUAUCAAGCAGUGGUCUCUUUGUCUUUUGCCUUUUUUGUACAGUAAGUCUUGAGAUAAGUCUUUGGUAUUUGUAAGUAUGUGAUUUGUCUCACACGAUUUAAGACUGUUUGUUGCCAGUGUACUCUACUUGCACUUAAUUGUUGACUGUGUAGCACAAAACUGAAGAUUUACAUUUUCGCACAUUUGUACAGCCAUUCCAUUAUACAUUUUUGUAAAAUCUAUAACUAAUCAUCAAUUAAUAUUUUAUAUUGAACAUUCAUUAGUAUUUUGUGUGUACAAUUAAAACUCGCUUUUAAAAAAUAUGAGAGGUGGAUAGGAAUGGCAUUUUUACUUCGGGAGAUUUUGUCGGGAAAAUGUUAAGAUUUUUGGGAUUGGGAUCGGGAGCAACAGCAUUGAAAUUGUCACUAAAUUUUACUAUUAAAAUGAUUUAAAGUUCAUAAAAAAAUAUUGAUACAUAAUGACAAAUAACUACACAUAAUGGAAAUAAAAACAAACAUAUUAUGCCCUUUUAUACUUCAAAUUUUCAUUAGGAAAUACUAAUUAUUCAACAUGUUCACUUCUUAUUUUGUUACCGACAGUAUUACCAGCACUAGAGAAAACACGUUCACUGGCUACCUUCGUUGCUGGUAUUUUUCUUGAUGCAUGACAACUCAUUUUUAGCAUUAGGAUGAUGUAUUACGUGCUUGUGCAUUCCUGUUAAGCAUUUUCCAUAGUUCACUUUUGACCAUAUUUGAUGACCAACUGCAAAAACUUAAAAUUGCUCAAAUAAGUCUGUAAAUUGAUUGACGUGAUAAAAAAACUAUUGGAAAUGGCUAUUAAUAUUAUUUAGAACCUUAAAAUAAUGUAAAUUUUUUUUUUGUUUGUCUUCUGUUGUCAUCCAAAAACUCCUUAAAAUGUAUGUUGUAGAAUUUUUUUUUUGUUAGUAAAGUUUGCAUAACUUGAACAAUAGGCUAUAUAUAAUUAUAAAUUUCCAUCCCUAGGGAGCUGAAAAAAAAGGGUAAAUAUGAUUUCAAGAUAAAUUGUGUGAACGAAAAUAAUCAAGGGUAUCAAUAAUAAACAUAUCAAAAUUACCAACCACAAUUUUACCAUUUUGUGAAAAAUAAAUCACAAGGGCUGUCAAAAGGUUAAAUAUGGUUUUAAAAAGAAAAAUUAAUACUUCCAAAUCUUUUGAAAUUAGAGGUUCUAAAGAACACAUGCAUGUAGAGUUGGUAGUUGUAUUUUUUUACAUUUAUCAAAAUUCAUCCUUUAGGGGGUGAAAACAGGGGUAGGUUUUGGAUUAUUUCUCUUCAGCUUUAUCCCUUAACAACUUGAGCUCAUGUCUCAUGAGCAUUUUUUCGCAUGAACUGCACUCAACUUUUCUGCAUUCAUAUUUGAUGGACAAGCGACUAGACCGUCUCUUGAGCAAACUGAGAGACAGUUAUGCUAAUAUUUGUUGCUAGGUGUCAUAUCGCAUCUAGCUCUGUAUGGCCACCCACAUAAAAAAGAAUUGUUUUACUCCCAAGUGUCAAAAAAAAUUCAUUUUCCAGAGGCAUUAUCCCUAGAAGAAAAAAUAUUAUCCUGAAGUUCCGGAAUAAUCUUACCAGACUUAUCCCGGAAUACCAUCCACCUCUAAAAAAUAUAUUGUAAAUACACGACUUAAUUUUUCAUUUUGUUGGAAAAAAUAUGAAAUUUCAUAUUGUCGAUACGAGCAAAUUUUGUCUACAUCACAAGGAAUACAAAAUUAGUUUUAAAAUACUACAAUAGUAAAUAUGAUUAAUGUUCUAGUUAUUAGCAUAAUAGUAAUGGAUUUUAGUAUUUUUUAAUAUUAAUAAUACAUAAAUCUACCAUAUUUUUAACUGCAGUAGAUUUCUGAUAGUCCCAUAUCCAACAGUCCAGAAUGUGCACAAGUAAGGGACAUUCGUACUUAAGCCAAUGUACCAAGCUGAAUAUCGAUAUUUUUAGCCAAGGCCAAACAUAAUUUUCUGGUAAGCAUGUCGGAAGUGCUCAGUGCAACCCAAGAUUAGUUGGAAGCAUUAAGCACGGUUUGGGAUUGCGCGAAAGUGUACAUGCGUACAGUGUGUAGUAAAAACUUUAGUUUUGGCCUUUUUUUUUUGUUCAAUAAAAUACAUUAAAUUAUGAUGGGAGCUGCUGUUCAAGAUUUUCCUAGAAAAGUGCCAAAGACAAGUACCACUACCCUAAGGGCUGACUUAACUGCUGCUCUAUGAAUUUAAAAUUUUUGCUCUGUCUGAAUGUUUUGUAUUCUUUGGCCAAGACGUUUACUAAACAUCUGAUACGUGUUAUAAAUUUUUCCACCAAAUUAUGAUUCAGUUUUUCUUUCAAGCAAUAGUAUCUCAUUUUUUACCCAUUUACUACAAAAUUUCUGUUAUGGCUAUAGAAACCAUUAAAUUAUACUGAUCAUUAAUUUAUUAGUACCUGUUUCAUUACAGUUAAUAUAAAAGGUUUUAAAUAAUUCAAAACUAAAAUUAAAGAAAUUUUAUCCAGUACAUACUAUGAUUUUUCAUAUUUUUUUCUAACAAAAUAAAUAGAAAUCCUGAUGUGUAAAUUUCAUCUACGUUCAUUAAAAUUUUCAUAAGUCGUCAAUCCAUGACACUCAUAGAAUAUAUGUAAUUUUUGUACAAAAUAAGAUAAUAUAAAUGGUUUCACCUUACAAAUUAAUGUGUGAAAAUUAAAAUUUUUAAUAGGUGUUUAAUAAAAUACAUACUGAUAGCAAAAUAGAUGUGAAUUUUUAGCUGUCUGUAAAUAGCAAUUGGUGUGAGUAAAUAUGUAUAUAUAUUGCUUUCCAGAAGUAACAACAUUGGGUGCUUGUCUUUUGGGCUUGUAUUAUACGUGCUGUAUGUGUGCACAUUUGAAAUAUUGAAGAAAUAAUUGGUAAAUAAUUAAUUUCUGUAGUUAAAGUUAUGUUAGGUCAUCACUUUUCUUCAUCCUCAGUAAUAUAAUUUCAGUCUCUCUAAUGUUAAGGAUGAACUAUUAUUAUAUUGUCCUUGAAUUAUUGCUAUUUUUAAAAAUUAAACUAUUUAAAUUAUAUAGGUUUUUUUUUUUUUUUACUUUGGUAGUGAGCAGUUGAAAAUUAAUCAUAAGGAAUCCUUAUUAAGGAUGUUAAAAUCAACAUUUGCAUUAAAACCUACGGUCAAAUUCAAAACUAAGAUUAUUGUUGUUUGAGCAAUCAAACUUUUUUUUUUUUUUUUAACUGCAAACAAAUUUAAAUUUAAAUGUGCAUACAUGAACAAGGAUUGAAAAGUUUUGCAAUGAAAGAUGUUAUUUUAAUAGAUAACAGUAAGAGUGCUUUGAUGUAGAAUUUAACAGUGUCACUAAAACGAAAACUUCAUUAGAAAUUGUGCUAGAUCUUUCGUUAACAAUUUCUUACAGCGAGCUAUGAUUAGCAUUGUGUUUCAGUGUAAAAAUAUAUUAUACAGAAAAUUAGGUUCAAUUUGAUAGACCAUACUGAUGAACAGUUUGGUAAGAAGAUAGGCCAAAGGAAAUUUAGACUAGAAUGAAGAUUUAUAUUCUGAAAUAUAUUUAAAAAUGUGCAUAUAUUUGUUUAUUUAAAAACAUUAGAAUUUGUACUGAAAUAUUUUGCUUUUAAUUUUCUCAAAUUGUAAAUACAUUUUAUUGGUGUACAAAAUACUAAGCUAACAUUUUAUCAAGUUUAAAAACUAUUUGUGUGUGUAAGUUUGCUAGCUUUCAGCACAAAUAUGUAUUUUUUAAGAUACAAGGUAAUAUGGCCUUCUCAACUUAAAAAAAAACUGUGCUUUUAAGAAACUUGAUUUCAAGUUGUCUUUUGCAGUUUUAUGAAGUGGGUCCAGACAUAAGUAGUUUAGUAAUUGAUUGCUUAAAAAUAUAUUUACUGUUGAAUCAUUAUUAUUUAGUGCAGUGAUGGGUAAAAUACCACGUACAAGCCGGAUCUGAUCAGACUGGUGUAAACGGCCCCCCUUGACAUAUGAAUUACCACUUAUCUACACGCAUUGACUUAUAGAAAAUAGUAUUUUCUGUCUUAUUUCUUUUUAAUAAAUUUUUUGGCUUGCCUGGUAGUUUUCUUUUUUCUUUGAUCCUUCCUACAAAAGUUUGCCCAUCACUGGUCUAGUGGAAUGUAAAAAUUUACCAGAUUGAGUUAGAUUUCAUUUAAGAGAAAAUUAACUAAUUAGGAUUUCAGAAAAAAAUCUAUAAAAUAGGUAAAACUAAGAAUUUGUGUAAAAAGUAUGACAAAGUACAAAAAUAAAAUUGGUACACAAAAACAUAUUUAUACUUAAAUUUUGAUUAUUUCAUUCAUGCAAAAUAGUUCAGAAGAGUAAGAGGAAAUACAACUUUUUGCAUCUUAUAACAGUUUUCAUUUGUUUUUUCACAUAAAAGUUCAAAUGCAAAGUGUGAUGAUUGAUUUUGUGCUAUAUGUAGAUAUAUAAAUAAGGUUUAAAAAAAUAUUAGGUUUGGUAUUAUAAAUACGUUUCAUUUAAUUCUCUCUACAAUGAAGUCUGUCUAAAACUUGUGAAAUGUUAAUGUGUAGUUAAAAUAUUUAACAUAUAGCAUAGCCAGGUUUUUCCUGGUAUUUUAGAUAGGUAAUGUUUUUUUUUGUGAUGACUUAAAGACUAAAAUCCCUGCAAUUGCCAAGUUUUUUAGGUACCAGCAUUAAGACAAAAUUAUGUUACAGAUAUUUAAUUGACUUUUUGUAUUUUAACUCUUUUAAAAGUUUUUUUUGUACAUAUGAUCCUAUAUUGGAAAGUCAUCUACUAUAUAACAUGGAUAUACAUUUUUCAUUGAGCUUAGGUGGAAAAUCUUGGUGGAAUAAUCCUUCUUUUAUUAAGCACAUGUUUUUAGUAGUUAUAUCUGUUCAUACAUACAUAAAAGUGAAAUGCUGCACAAAUAAUUGUCAAUUUUUACCAUAAUUUGACGGGUAAAGUGAAUGUUUGUCCAAUAGAGCAUCUAAUGAAAUUUGUUAGAAGGGUUUUAAAAAAGUAAAGGACAUUUGAAUUAAAUGGACUUGGAUAUGUUACUAGAAAUUAAUAUACAUUAAGAGAAAUUAUAGACAAAAUAAUGAAGAACUAAAUCAGAACUUUUAUUGAAACAUUUAUUUAAUUUUAAUAAUGAUCUGGGUGACUUAUUAAAAUGAUUGUGAGAAUAAGACUUAAAUUAUUUUUAAGUGUGUCAGAAAUUUGUUUGCACUCUAUAAGAUAAGUAACACUUAUACACAAAACUUUGAGUAAAGAACCGUAACUUAAUUCUCUUUAGUUUUACAGAAUUAAGAUACACUGUACCUUAAAAGUUUCUAUAUAUUUUUUAUUUUUAAUUUCAACAGGGUGUCAACACUAAUCUGUAAAAUUUCCCUGACUUUCCAUUACUAAAAUUUUUCCAACUAAUUUGUUUAAAGCAAGUUGCAAUUUGAAAUUAGGCCUCUGCAGCGCUGCGAUCUGCAUUCUGCACAUGCGUGCUGUGUACCUACAUUUGGUUGGCUGGCAACGGACAUAAUUGCGGAAACUGUAGACCGUAACUAUGUUUGUGUUUAAAAUGCUUCCGUCAAUUAUAAAUCCCGCCGACUGUGAAAUGUGCCACUGUGAUUAGUUUUAUUAGUGCUAAAGACAUGACAGCGGCUGAAAUUCGUCAGAUCAGUGAAGUGUGUGGAGAAAACAUUAUGAAUGAUGUAAUGUACGAAAAUAGGUUAGAGCUUUCAUAGAUGGCUGCACAAAUGUUCAUGAUGAGGAACGAAGUGUCAUUUCUGAAGAUUUGUUUCAGAAAGUUGACGAAAAAGUGAAAGAAUAGACCUUUUACGAUUUUAUCUUUAUAUAAUGUUUUCUCCAUACACUUUAUGAUGAAUUUCACCUGCUGUAACGUAUUUAGCACUAAAAAAAAUACUCACGGAGCAUAUAUUAGUCUGUGGGAUUCUCAAUCAGCGGAGACACUUUAAAUACUCAAAAAUAAACGUAAAAAUCAUCUAAUGUUUCUGUAAUGGCAUUAGUGGUUGGCAUGUGAGAAAUCAGCCCGCGGGCGCAGAAUGCAGACCGUAGAGUUUGCAGCGGCCUAAUUUAAAUACGGUACAAAAAAAAACCUCAUAUUUAGCAUUUUCUGAAAGAUAAGCAGAAUAUCCACCAUCCCCAUAGCUGGACAAGUUCUAACAGAACCCUGCAUACACCAAAUUGUAGUUUUGUGACUGCACUAAAACACCAUCUGGAAAAAAAAAAUGCAGUUUGGACGAUAAAGAUUAUCACCUCAAAUUACCAUCACUGGGUAAUUUCUGUGAUUUUUCCAGAAUUUCAAGUCAAUUCCCUUACAUUCCCUUGCCAAUUGUGCGUGACUUUUCCCUGAUGUGCCUUGACUUUCCAGAGUGUUGACACCCUAUUUAACAAAUCUACACACCACGCAGCAUCAUUUAACCCACGGUGCAAACACCACCUCAGUGCCGCAGAGAUCUGUGUACUAACACCACGCUAGGAUGAGCUCUGAAGAGGUUUUUUAGUUAGAGACGUAGUGAGACAGCUUGUAAUUUUUUAUGUUCAUUAAUCAAAUAACUAGUCAUUUCAGUAAAAAAAAAAAACUGUAGGUAAUUCAGAGCGGCAUGUGUUUGGAUUUAGUUUUUUGCACAUAUUCCCUAAUUUUUGUAUUAAGGUAAUGAGUAUUUACGGUUGAAAUUUAAAGAUAGUUUUGGUGCCACUGUUACCAAUUUAACACACUUAAAGUAUUAAGUUGUAGUUGUAACUAUGUAUUAUUGAAAGGAAAAAAAAAGGAUAGCUAAGAUUUACCAUGUUAGGUGUAAAUUAAAAAAACACUGCGUGUACUGUUUAAAAGUGGCAUUAUGUUAUCUUUGUCUUGUGUGUGAUCAUACCUAUUAUAAAAUGUUAAAAAUAUAUUUGAGGAAUGUAUCUGUAUAUUUAAUGAGAUGUUAAUGAGAAUUAUUACAAAUAUUGCAUAUUUAUCAUAUUAAUAUGAAUUUAUCAUGUGCACAUUUAAAAGUAACAAUUUAUGUUGCUAUUUGUACUGUCCAUAUGUAUCGCAUAUUUUUUUUUGAUGGACUCUGAAACUUGUAGUCACAUAAUAUAUGCCUCUAUCAAGAUUGACAAGUACAGAGACUAGUUUUGUGUCCAAAUAUACUUACUCUCAAAAUGCAGUUAAAAAACUUUUUGUGACAAAAUAUUUUAAGCAAAAAAAUUUUUUCAUUCCAAUAUUAUGAAAAAUUUUUUAUUUCAAAUUUAUAAAAAUGUAAAUAACUGAAUUUUUCCUUUAUAAACUUAAUGCGACAUCUUUUGUUGUAUGCAAGCACAAGGUUAAGGUGUGCGCAGAUUAUGUAAGAUGCAGAUAUUUAGGCAUACUCCAUGUAAUAAUGAUAAAUGAACUGCUACAUCUAGGGCUAGAACACUGUACAGUUAUUUCUUCUUGGUAGUACUAUUAUAAUGGUGUAUUGCUUACGUAAUUAGCAGGAUUGUUUCCAUUCUUUUUUUUACUGUUUAAAUACUAGUUAUUUUGGCUGGGUUGAAUAUCACACCGUAGUGGCCAUAUAGAACAUUAAUCCAUUUCUCAAUUUAUCAACCAAACUAUCAGUUCUACAGCGAUAGAUAAAAAUUGCAUUAGGCUCUCUGUCUAGUCGAAAAUUCCAUGUCACUCUUAUGCAACAUAAAAUAUAGAAAUAAUUUGACCAAGCCUAAUUUUUUUUUUACGUUAAGGAUUUUGGGACGUUAAAAUUAGAGAUGCUGAGAGAAAAUUUUGAAAAUUACUUCCCUGUACACAGUUUCUUUGAACUAUGACCACUCUCCUCUAUCUACUCCUUUACUUUCCAGAAUAUUUUCAUGUGGAAAUUCUUUUUUUCCCAUGAUGAGUUUCACUGCUAGGUGGUAUGUAGGCUUGCUUUAAUCAAAAAAUCACGAAUGAUCUCAAUCAUCAGUAGGCUGUGCGAACUGUAAAUAUAUGUAGAAUAACUUUCAAAUAUGAUUAUCUUUUGAUUAGGAUACAACAUAAUAUUUUUAUAAAAACCUUUGUUUUAAAUUUAAAAAAAACUAAAAGUUGAUUAAUUCUGACAUCUUGAACCCUGUCAAAACAUACACAGAAACAACUUUAAAUACAAAUGCAACACAAGUCUAUGUACCAAGGUGCAUUUGUAUUGCUAUCUAAGCUGAUAUAUAAACACGUAGAAGUCAAUAUUUUAUUCAUUCACCUGCUAAAAUUUAAUUAAUUUUGGACAUGUUACAGACGUGUUAUUUUCACUGCUGGAUUUGUUUCCUUAAGACUAUUAUAAAAUAAUUGUAACAUUGCUAAAUAAUGAAAAUUGUUUGAACUAAAAAUCACUUCUUUACAGCACUGUUUUAAGAAAAUUGAAUUAUAAGUUAGAGAAUGCUGCUAUGUCAAAAUCAAAACAUAAGAUGGAAUAAAAAAAAAAAAACUUUUAAAUGUGUUCAUAAUAAAACAACAAUGCUGUUUCAGUGUCCAAAAUACAAUCUGAAAUUGUUAUAUGUAAACAAUCACAAAAAUAUGUUAAUAUGUUAUAGAUGUUGCUUGAAAAAUGUUUACAUGCCUUUAAAAAGGACUGUAUUCCUACAUUUAAUGUACUUACUAACAAUUUGAAUGAAGAGCAUGCUGGGACACGAUUCCUAAGCAAGUAUUGUUGGAGAAUAGUUUGAGAAGCUGUACUAAAACUAGGGAACCGUUUUCAGGCCGAUAAAAUAGCUUCUACGAAGAGUUAAUCUACUUGGUUGUUAAACAUAAACCAAUUCUGUUAUGUUAACUAACAAAUUGUAAGGAAUAAGACUUGUAUGAAUUAUUGUCCUAAUAUUUUUUAUUUGCAAUGAAUUACUUUAAGUAAUUAUUACAUGAAAUUAAAAUGAUGAUUAAAAAUUUUAAUUCUAUACUGAUAACAGUUGGCAGGUGGAUACUUUCUCAGACAUUAAAGAAAGGUUUUUGUUACAUGACAUAUUAAUUUAAAUUGUUUGGCGUGCUUUUUUACACUCUACUUUUUAAAUAAACGUACUUUCUAAGAAUGGGAUUGUUUCUGUGAAUAACAUUUACCUAACAAAAUUUUUUUUUCCGCAUAAAAUACGUACCCUUACUUUUGAAACUUGAUUUUAGUAUAAACUGUGUGACAAUUAUGCGAUAAAACACGGUAAGCAUUUAAAUUUUUGAAAAAUUAAAAUGUAAUUAUCCGGACAGUAAUAUCGGUUUCACUGUCAGUAAAGGAUGGUUUGGAAAGUUACGUGACGUGAGUUGGUCACACACGGGCGGGCAAGUCAGCCAGCAGACUGACAAUAAAGUACAUACCCACGUAUCUCCCGUUACGCGAUGUCGUAUUUGUCAUACAAAGUGCAAUGGGAGGCAUAUAAAGAUUAAUGUUGUGACACAUGUAUCAUUGAGUGUUAUUCUAAACAUUUAUAUUACAUAAAGUAUAUUUUACUACACAAUUUUGGAACACAUUAAAUAAAUUAGCCUUGUUAUUUAUGGAAACUAAUGCUUCAGAAUAUGCGAUUUCCAAUAACAUGAGCAUUUUGAUGAACGAAUUAGUUGUGCUAAGUGAGGGAUAGGUAUAUGCUUAAUUUCUAACAAAGUACACAUACUAAAUGUAAAAUUAAUAAAAGAGAAACAAGAACAAACACUAUAUAACUUUAAAAACUAAAAACUAUUCAUUAUUUAACUAUAAAUAUUAAGCUAAUUACCUUUAUCACAUAAAAUGAAUAAGCCACACACAUGCAUGCAUGCGGACAAUUUUUGAGAGUACAAACAAUUAUUUCAAGGGGUUUAAAACCUGGGGUUGGAAUCAGAAAAUAAAUAAUAAUUCACUACCAUAUAUGCUAUUGAAUAUUCUUAUUUUUAUUUUAUUUUCUAAAUAUUGUCUAAAACUUAUGUUAAAAUAAAUUUUUAUCCAACAUACCAUUACCGCAAGGGGUGGAAAUAACAAGGUUUGAAAGUAUACCAUCAUGUCCGUUAUAAUAAAUUGUAUAAAUCCUAAACUUUAUCUAAACCUUCAUUGCUGAAAUUUUUUUUGAUGAAAUGAAUUAUAUCAACAUAAAAACAGGGGUUGAAAUAUAAAAUAGUCGAUACUUUCUUAGUAUCAAAUCCAUUUUAAUGUAUUUUAAACCAUCGUAUCUUAAACUGUGGUGAAAAGCAAAUUUUUAUAUGACGCUGUUAUUAUUUCAAGGGAUGAAAAAUAGUUUUUGAAGAUCAAAAAAUUGAAUAAUAGGUACCUUAGUUGGCAUACUAUGUAAUUUAUAGGGUGCCAGGGAAAAAGAGUAUAAGUCACGUUUUGGGGAAAAUGAGAUAAGUCAGCAGGCUACUCAUAGGAAGGUUCCGCACAUGUGGUCUAAGUAGUAUAAGUCAGCACUGCAAAACGUCUAAUGUGUUGCUUUUGAUCUCAGGAGUAUAAGUCAAUUGACGUGUAUACAGUUUGAGAAAAACAGCAUAAGUGUAUUUUUGACUUAUACUCUUUUUCCCUGGCACCCUAGAUUUAUUCUAAUCUAUUCUGAGGGCGUACCGGUGUUGAGGUUGGAAUAUUGAUGGAAAUUAAUGGGCGCCACCACGUGAGUGGGCAUGUGGAUCCGGCUGGAAAACUCUUAACUCAGGGCGUUACGUGGCCCGUGUGCGGCGAGAUAUUAGCCCUCCUGAUGUUUUGCGCACCACCUGUCCCUAACUAAGCCCGCUCUCAGCGUCGGGCACGCUCCUAAUUAUCGCAGUGGGCUCUCAGGGCGUCCCACACGCCGCUGAACAGGUUAAGGACCCACGUGGCCCCCCUAACACAGAAACACGUGACUCGGUUAAUUGGUUUUUAUUUUACUCACUAUACACGUCCUUACACGAUCCUCCGUUGAUACAGCUAUAAAACGCCCGGGGCACGAAUUGAAUUAGGUGAGGAGGCGAACCACGCACGUGGUCGCCUCAAGCCGUUACUUAAUACACAGAUGAUAGAAAACUCCGGAGAGUAAAUAAUUAUUAGUUAAGCAGUCUCUCCGACCGAGAGAGGCCCCGAGGAUAAAAAGAAAACGAUUUGAAAUAAAUUUAUUUACAGAACUACUUCUCGGUGAAACAACGGUGAUGUCCUCGGGGUGUCUGCAGAGACGUCCGCUCUCGGCCGGCUGUAGGAGACUGGGCUGAGCUCAUGGCUUGCGGGUGGCAACAUGGCGCCCUUCGCGCCGAACACAAUUACCGUUACAACUUAGCUGUGGCGUGCCCCGGGUUACUAUUGAAAAAUACAUAAAUCCUUUUACAAAAAUUAGUACAUACAUUACAUCCAUGCCCAGACCGUCUGUAAUAAUUACUUCUAUGAAUAAAAAUGGUUUAAAUGAAGUUGCAUGCUAGUUCCUCCGUCGCCUGCUAGGGAGCGUCCUUGUUCGUGCUUGCACUUAUUAAAUAACAAAACAACAUGAAUUAGUUAAAUAAAAGACACUCAUAUGCAUAGCCAUCGUGACACUAUUUAAGGGUGAAAGAAAAUUAUUACAAUAAUUAUUAAGACAUAUUAGGGGUGCUGCGCACUGCAGCUAAGCGCCCUCUUGCUGUAGUUUGUGGCGCGCAGUUUGAAUCUCACACGGCUACGUACGUCACGACACAAAUGCCGGGUAGGAAAGGUGGUGGGAAAGGGAACGGAGGAUGAUCAGGCUCGUGGGGCGAAGCCCCGGCUGACGUCAAUUCAAUGCGGGAUGCAGUGAGUUAAAAAAAUUGAUAAUAUUUUCGCUGCAUCAAAAAGGAGCAAAUAUUUAAUCAAUCAUUUUGUAAUAUUGGAAAAUAUAAAUACAUAUGUUAUGUACAUUAAGUUCUUAAAAUGUUCCACAAUUUUAUAGAAGUUUCCAAAAUAACUCCAGAAGAAUUAGCUACUUAGAAAACUACCUGUGCAUGUAGGCUGUGCCGAAAGUGAUUGUUCAUAUUGGCAUCAUUUCAAGCAUUAUGUUUACUGUAGUUAAAUUUAUGCUGCGUACUAGACCUUUUUCAUUAAGGAAGAAACUAGGUCCCAUGUUCCUCACGAUUUGUUUAAUUUAAUAUUUUAUCCUACUGUACAUGAUACCUUGCAUGUAUAGUGUAAGUUAUCACUGAUAACAUUAAAGUUCAAUGAACAGAAAAAAGUUAAAUUUUAAUAUUAACAAAAAUGUGUACUUUAAAAAGGCCUUUUUAAAACAGUAAUUCUAUGGUAAUGAUAAAUAUAAUGUUAAAACUAUAAAAUAGGUACGAUUUGAUCCAACAAUUUUUUUAAUGGCUAAUGUAGCUUUGCUUACUGUCUGUUAACUGAUGAAAACAUUAGUUUCAUUUGAUUAUAGUCAUGUGUUUUAUGCUUAAGAGUUUUGCAAAGCACAUUUUGUCAAUCCAACACACUAAAGUUAAUUACAACUUAAGGGUCCUGCCUACAUGGACAAAUCAUGUGCAUAGCUUCAUGAAAAAACAAAAACCAUGUGAUUUCAAAACUGCUGAAACACCCAUUACAGAUUCUUGAAAGAACUCUAAAGGAUUUUGAUUACACUUCUAUCUUCAUUUCUCCACCAUAGUUACCACUUUUUCUCGUAGUUGCCCUAUGCACGACGAGAAGAAUGCGCGCUAGUACACAACCUUGCACUUGAGAUGAUACGGUGCAAGAAGCACUAGUAAGCGUCAAAAUUAACAUCCCGCAUUACAGAUAUAAAUACAUCCCUGACUAAGCGGGCCCCUUAACAUUUAAUUGCGUACUUUCCUUGUACUGCAAUCCUGUGAAAACUGUCAGGAUAAAAAGUAUUCCCAAAAAAAAAAAAAAUUCUGUUAUAGUUUGAUUUCAGUUACACAAUACUUUAAUUACAUUAAUUUAUAUACUUCAGGUACGUUCAUAGAAAUAUUUAUAAUGGAGAUCUUACUGUCAUUAUUAGGAAAGUGAUAGUGAAAGUUUCUGGAUGAUUUUAAAUUUUUUAUACGGUAUGGUGUAUGUGGAAUUAAAAUUUUAAUCUGGAUGUUAUACUAUAAAAUUUAAAACUUUUACUGUAGACUAAGAAGUGAUACAUUUCAAUACAGAUUAGUGAUAUUAUUGAAUGACGAGAAUUGGUCAGCUUUCAUUGAAAGGAUGAUUCAGUUCAGAAGCUUUGUAAACCAUCUGCACUGUAUGGCUAGAACAAAAUUCUUUUCACAAUAUAUUCACACUAGUUUUGUUUCCUUAAUAAUGCUCAAAUGUAUUAAUUACUAGAAAGUGAUUGUGUCGUGGAAGACUCAUAUUGAGUUCAAAACUAACUAAUGCAACUUGAAAUAUAUCAAGUACUACAGUAUUAUGUUAGCUAUGCAGUUUUAGAGUCUGUAUGUAUAAAAGAAUGGUGACCAUGCUAGGACUAGUACAUUAAAAAUACAUUAUAUAUUUUUCUCACUUAAAUGUUUUAAGGGAAUACAAUAGAAGUAUUAUUGUAUAUAAUGCAUGCUGUACUGUUUUCCAUAACACUGUUCUAUACUCACUGUGUACAUGAUAUCUCUAAUCAAAAAUAUAGCAUAAAUUAUUUGUGUAUACAUUUCUUAAGUGAAGCUGACAUAAGUUUAAAGAAUUUCAUACAAGCUGUGUGUUACAUUCUUACUGUGUACAAUGAAGUCAAAACUAUUAAUGUAAAAAGUCAUUUUAAAUGUUAAAAGUAAGAAUAUUUACUAACUUAAUGUGUGAUAAUAUAGGGGUUUCCCUUGAAAUAAGCAUAAUUAGUAAAUGAACAUAACUUAAAUGGAAACUGUAACAAUAUUCUCAAAAUAUAACAUUUCUUUCUUGCAUAGCCCUCCCCCCCCCCCCCCCCAUCCUAUUUUUUCUCUAUGAAUGUGAUUAAAAGUAAUUAUAGAAUGCUUAUACUUUAAAGAAAAUUUGCCAAAAUAAAAAGUCCAUACUGUGUAAUUUUGUUCAGAGUAAUGUUUAUGAUUUACUAAUUUAUUUACUCACUAUAAUGUGACCCCUAAUACAACUGACUUAAGUUUAGUGGCACCUGAUGAUUUAAUUAUAUUAACAUUGUAUGUAAUCUUGUUUUCAACAUGUUACAGAAAAUUCUCUCCCCCCCCCCCCCCCCCCCCCCCCCACAAUUUUUUUGAAGCUAACAGGAAACGUAAUAGAAUUUUUAAUAUUGUUUUGUUGCAGUUCUUUUGUGUGAUCUAUGGGCAUGACAUGUAAAUAUUAUUCCUGAAUAAUUUGGCAAAUUGUUUUUGGUCUGUGAAAUAAAUAACUAUAAGAAAA